GUUGGAGUUACGAGAAAGGGGAGCUCCUGCUUAUCUAUGAGUAUAUGCCCAAUGGUAGCGUGGACCAAUACCUCUUUGAGGAAAGGCUCCAGCGGCGCAUCCUAGGAUGGAAAACCCGCUACGACAUCAUCACUGAUGUAGCCGCAGGGCUCCACUACGUGCAUCAUGAGCACGAGCACAUGGUGCUCCACCGCGACAUAAAAGCAAGCAACAUCAUGCUUGACUCUUCCUUCCGUGGUCGCCUAGGUGACUUUGGUCUUGCCCGCAUUGUCACCUUGAACAAGAACUCCUACACGGAUGUGGGUGUGGCCGGCACAUGGGGCUUCAUUGCACCAGAGUACUCAAUAUGUCACAAGGCCACUCGCAAGACUGACGUGUAUGCCUUUGGGGUGCUAGUCCUUGAGAUUGUAACCGGAGAACGAGCACUUGCCGGCAACCAUGACCAUGAGACGCUUCAACCGCUUACUGAGUGGGUAUGGUGGGUUCACCGGGAGAGAAGGUUGCUCGAAGCGGUUGAUGACAAAGUGACUUCCAUGCAAGAGUUCAAUCCGGAUGAUGCCACUCGCUUGUUGCUUCUUGGUAUGGCAUGUAGCAACCCGAACUCGUCUGACCGACCAAGCAUGGCCGAGGUAGUGCAAGUCUUAGCCAAAUCAGUGCCGCCACCAGAAGUACCGCUUGUGAAACCUACAUUCGUUUGGCCACCUGAAGGCGGGAUCCCCGUGGAAUUUGACGACACGAUGGCAACGAGCAGCCUCGAUUGGAAGGGCAUGUCUAGCGAUGAAGCCCUAGGGACGAGCGUACCAUCAGAGGUGAAUAGGCGCAAGGCUCGGGUUGGGCAUUCCAAUACAUCUGGAUCAGUUGAGGAGUAUUAUAUGUAA